GGAUAGAAUAAUAGGCAGCUUGCUCCUGUUCCGAGAGAUGCUGCUGAAAAAACGCAGAGUCACUGCACCAGUGGGACCAGUGACUCCUCCCGCUCCGCAGCCCGUCUUCCUUGUGGAAGAUGAUUUGGAAGAUGAUUCCGGGCCCUUUUCGCCAUUCAAGUUUCCGGUUUCUGGAACACCUGAAUCAGGCUACUUGCCUCCAAAUCUGAGCUAUCAAAGCUUAGUACAGGCAGCUCUUCGACCCGCAGGAUCUCCUCCAAAAGCUUCCAUGCCUGCUGAAUCACAGCAGCAGACAGAGAAAAGAACAGAGAACGCAGAGCCUUCAGUGAAAGCUGCAGAGCCACCUGCGGAAGCUGCAGAGCCAAAAGUACCCAGUAGUUCCACGAAGAAUAAAAGAUACACUGAAGGAGAAGCACGAAAGCAAUCCGCUCCUGUGCGGCCUGCCCAAGCGAAGGCUGCUCCUCCGGCAAAAUCUCCUGCGCAGACUGCCUCGCCGCCGGCCACGCCGCCGGCCGUGCUGCCGGCCGCGCUGCCUGCAGUAACACCUGCUGCACCUCCUGCCGCGCUGUCUGCGCAGCCUGCCGCGCAGUCUGCGCAGCCUGCAUCGCAGCCUCCUGUGCAGCAUAGCGAGCCAGUCCAGCCAGAGCCGGCUCAGGCAGUCUCCUUGUCUGCCCCUAUGAAGUUUGGAAAGGGCACUGGCAAGAUGAGCGAGCAUCUUGGCAAGCUUGUUUGUCCAAAUCUCUUCCAUCGACAGCUUUUCAGACCAGCUCUUAUUUCUUUGACUGCACUGCACCCACCAAGGUUGUCUGAGCUUCCCAAAGGUUGUCAAACUAGACGACCAAAGUUGCUAUGCUUAGUGGACCCCAGCUUGGAGACCGACGUCCGUGUGGCCGAUGGGCCAACGUGGCGCGGGAAAGCUCGAGCACGCUUGAUGUCGUUGGAAGUCCAGGACUUCAAGUCCUUCAAGAGGCGGCAAUUUCAGUUCCAGGGGCGCUCCCUGUUUUGCUUUGUUGGGUGCAAUUCCAGUGGCAAAUCCGCUGUUUUGGAUGCCUUGCGCUUCGUUCUAGCGCGACGAUGCGAUCGGAGCCUCCGAAGCUACAUUCGACGGGGCAAGCCCAUGGCGACCGCUGCGCGGGUGACCGCUCAGUUCCGCUAUGAGCGAGCUGAGGAAGGCACAAGCCAAGGUACCAUGUUGCUGAUCCGUGAAGUGCGAGUGCACCCAGACCGAUCUCUUAAGGAUGCAUACAUUCUACAACAUUGGGUCCAAGAGGAGGAAGCAGAAUUGAAGGAAGUUUCCGAAGAAGGUUACCUUGCAUGGCUACAGCAAGCUCUUAUGUGGGGCCAGGGUGAUCUCCUUCUACCGCAAUUUGGACUGAUGGAUUCCCGCAGUGCAACAGGUCUUUUGGCCAUGCUUCCAGCGGAGAUUGAGAAAGUCGGCGCGGAAGGAAAUACUUCUGGGUCGCUGCUGAAGCGGAGGUGCACAACAAAGGGUGCAGCAAGGACCGGACCCGUCAACGCGAGACUCUCCCGUGAAGCUGCGGAAGCCUGGCUCACGCGACGCAUCGAUGAAGUGUACCGGGAGCUCACGCGGGAGCCCUUGGAUGACACUCUGGAGGAGUGGGGUGAGGGUGGCGAAGCCAAGCUUCGACGUUUGCCUGAUGGCUCCUUUGACUUGCUGACCUCAGCACGGCGUGGCGGAGCGAGCUCUGGGUAUGGCACGCCUUUGAACAGCUUAUCGGACGGUGCAAGGGAUAUUUGUGCCUUGAGCAUGUUGUUCGUGCUCCCGGGGUUCAUCAGUGGCAUGCAAGAAGCUUUAGCUCCUUUCGUGGUGCUAGAUGAACCUGAUUCGCGACUUGAUAAGCGCCAUGCAAGUGCACUGCGACGGUUCCUGCAAAGACCAGAGGGUCCGAAGCAGUGCUUAUGGCUGAGUCUCAACAACCACCAAGCACUCCCCGGUGACAUCAAGCUGGAUGAUGAGGAGGCGGAUCUUGGGGAGAGUGUUCUGGAGGACCUGGAGAAUCAGGCAAGGGCCGCUCCAAAGAGAGGCCCCGGUGGUCGCAAGGACGUGAUCAAGGCUCGCUUCCUCAGCCAAAUGUCGGCACGCCUGAGGGAGGAAACUGAAGCAGAAUUGGAUGAGGAGGAUCCACCUGAGACCCUUUAAUACCUUCCAUUGAGUGACCUUCACUGUCAUUCAGGGGGUUGUUUUGUACCAUAGCAGCAACGAGCGCUUGUCGCCAGCUACAGCUGAGCAAGCCAUCAUUCCUGGUCGGAGUCCUUCUUCUUCCCGAGUGUGCAUGUC